UAGUGUUUUAAUUACCAAUUUGCAUAGCAACUUGAUUAUAUAACUAUUCCAUUAGUUUUUUUUCUAUGUUGUGAAGAGAUAACAUGUUUUUACUUAAUAAACUACAUUAAGUUAGAAUUACGCUGACCUUUAAAUGUUUUAAGUUUUGACUAAAAACCGCACUGCAUUCAAAGUGUUGUAUGUGCGAGUGCAUGGUAGUGAUUGUGGCCUAAAUAAUGGAUGUGGGUGCAGUGAGAGAGUAAGCUGUUAUAUGAUAUGUGAGCAGACUGCCAGCAUGUCUACAGGCUGUGUGAGGUCACUCUCAAAGACAGCCGAGCACAGACUAAACAAGCAGGAACAUCCCUAUGAGAACACCGAGAUGGACAGUCAGAAGGUCAGAAGCUCUGAUGACAAUCAGCAAGAAGAACUGGGACAAAAGAAACCACGCAGGAAAGACACGCCUGUGCUCAACUCCCCUCCUCUCAUACCAGGGGUAAGGUUAAUGAAAGGAGAAACACGUCUGAUUCACUUGGAAGAUGAAGAAAAGGAGACAAAGAAGUAGCUGUAUUUUUAGACUGUGAAAAUGUUGCUGUUACUGUUAUUGUUAUUUGCUCUGUGUGUG